AUAAUUCGCACACUCUCGUUUGUUAUAACAAAAAGAACAUGGAGAAUAGAAAACGACCUUUAACACCAACAGAAUCAAGCGCAGGGAAAAGGCCUAGAGUGGUUGGUACAAAGGCCUCACAAGCACGUGCAAAAGCUAUUACUGCUCAGUUGGAUUCUACAAAACCUAAAGUACCCCAAAGAAAAAGACCUGCAGUUCUAGCAGAAACAGAUCCCUUGGCCAAAUCUUACCAUACAAAGGCGUCAGGCUUAAAAGAGAGGCCUUCCUGGGAUUUACGAGGCAAAGUAGAAGACAUGACUCAAUUACACAAAUUUAACAAGGAACGAUUGGAAAAGUUAAACCAAUAUAAACUCGAGUUGGAAGUAUUGCGCGAUGAAAAAGAGUCUGCAGAAAAGGAAGCACUUUUAAAAGCACAAGCAUUACAAGCAGAAAUUACGACUUUAGAAAGAAAUCAUAUCACCAAUGUUGCUGACCUUCAUACCAAUCAACGCAUAGAAUCUCAACAGUUGGAAGAUAGUAAGCUGAACUUUGAUCGCAACUUGAACAAUUUAGAAGUUGAAGUCAAUGAAGCAAAUAGACGGCUACAAACCGCCAAAGGCGAAUUAGAACAAAGGUUAUCAGAGAAUCAGUCAUUGAGGGAUAAAAUUAUUAAAUUGCAAGAUUCAUAUGAAGGUGCAGAAGCUGAAAUCAUCAGCUUGAAAUCAAAAAUCAAACAUACCAAAUCGUCGAUCACAGAGAAAGAGUACGAAAUCGAACAUAAGAGAGCCCAAAUCAAGAGCGUCAAUGUGAAUGUGGACGAUCUUAAAUCAAAGUUAGCAGAAGCACAUAAAGAUCGUGAUCGUCUAUUAAGUAUCGUAAAGGAUUUGGAAGAGGAUGCGCUCAAAAAUAAGCAAAAAGUUGUGACAAUCUUGAAUACUUGAAUAAUUCACACACACAUGAAGGCAAUACACGCAUCAACAUAACACAUUUACUAAUAAAUAAUUUACCCAUACACGCAGCAAUAAAUUAACAUUCUCUGUUUCAAUCGCAGUGAAUUUUUUGAUUGCACAAUCUUAAUAAAUAUCCACUACGACUCUUAUCAAGUCAUAAUAACGCUUUGUAUCAC